UUCAAUUCGGAUUGUGAUGCAAACGGCCGCGCGUGUUCGUAACGCGCACGUUGAAUGCCAAAAGCAAACACAGUUCAAAACUGCUGAAGGGAAAUAUUUUUGAAGAACGCGUAAAUCGCGCGCUCGUGUUGUGAACAACGAAGAAGAGAAGAAGAGUCGAGAGAAGAAAACUUGCAAAUCAAAAUUGUGAAACACAAUUUCAAAAUGCGAAAUGAAUGAGAAUAAUUGACGACGAUUAAAAGAAGUGCGACGAACAACUCGAUUUCUUUUUUUUUUUUUUUUUUUUUUUUUUGUUUAUGUUGCGAAAGGAAAAAAAGAAUUUGAAAUUCGAAAAACGAAAACCGAAAAAGCAGCGAGUAGCGAGCGACGAGCAACGAGCGGCGAAAAGCGGAAAUGAAUGAUGUCAGUUGUGUGCACAUCGAAGAAAGCAACGGAAAUUAAAAUUUGCAUGUGCAGCAGGGCAGAGAAUCGGAAUCAGAGCCAGAAUCGGAAUCAGAAUCAGAGAAUCGAAGACCUGAGAAGAAGACCUGUGUGUUUUGGUGUUUGUUUGUUGGCCAUGUGGCAUGUGGCAUGUGGCAAUAAUGCGGCCAAUACUAGAUGAGAGUUGAGAGGCUGCAGCUCUGACUGCUGUCCCCAAAUCUCAGUGACAGACGCCACUCAAAAACGCAAUUCGAACUCUGUUUUCUAAAUAAACUUGACUUGAGUGCGAGAGGAAACGAAUGAGAGAUCUGUUGUUGCAUUAACUGACAAAGCAGCAAAAACUACAACUACAACAAAAAAGGAAAGGAAAGGAAAAAAGAAAGAAAGAUAGCAAAAACCCCAACGACGACAUUGACAACAUCAUCAUCAAGUGAAGUUGCUUCUGCUGUUGCCUCAUCAAGCAAAGAGCUAAACGAGUUUUGAGGGGAGCGAGCGGACAGCAAUCUCCUUCCUCAUUCCCCCUUUGCCUUCGCCCUCUCCCUUGUGUGCUUGGGUGUGUCUGUGUGUGGCAAGUGCAACAGUCAUGGCGCUGCAAGGACACAACACGUUCUCCUUUUGCUGCUCCACAGCUGGAUUUAUCGCUUGCUCAGCAAUCGUUCUGCUUUGCAGUUCCGAAGUCCUGUCCAGCUGGGAGGAAUGGUGGACAUACGAUGGCAUUUCCGGUCCAAGCUUCUGGGGACUCAUCAAUCCGCAGUGGAACAUGUGCAACAAAGGACGACGCCAGUCGCCCAUUGAUGUGGUGCCCGAUAAGCUGCUCUUCGAUCCGUACCUGCGACCGCUGCAUAUUGAUAAGCACAAGGUUUCCGGCACACUGCACAACACUGGUCAAUCACUCGUCUUUCGCGUCGACAAGGACACAAAGCAGCACGUUAACAUAUCCGGCGGUCCGCUCGCCUAUCGCUAUCAAUUCGAAGAGAUUUACAUACACUACGGCACCGACAACAGUCGCGGCUCCGAGCACUACAUUCAGGGCUAUAGUUUUCCCGGCGAGAUACAAAUCUAUGGCUUCAACAAGGAGCUGUAUCACAACAUGUCCGAGGCGCAACACAAAUCCCAGGGCAUUGUCGGCCUCUCGUUGAUGGUGCAAAUUGGCGAGACGCCCAAUCCAGAGCUGCGCAUCAUAACGAGCACAUUCAAUAAGGUGCUCUAUCGAGGCUUCUCGACGCCCAUUCGCCACAUAUCGGUGCGAUCGCUGCUGCCGAAUACGGAUCAUUACAUCACGUACGAGGGAUCCACCACGCAUCCGGGCUGCUGGGAGAGCACCGUCUGGAUCAUAGUUAAUAAACCCAUCUAUAUCACGAAACAAGAGUUAUAUCAACUCCGACGACUGAUGCAAGGCUCCGAGAGUACACCGAAAGCUCCAUUAGGUAAUAAUGCGCGUCCCGUGCAAAGUUUACACCAUAGAACCGUAAGGACGAACAUAGAUUUUAAGCGUCACAAGAAUCAAAAUGCGUGUCCUUCGAUGUACAAGGACAUGUACUAUCGAGCGAAUCGCUGGUCACCCGAUACGGGAAUGCUGAUACGUUGACAACCACAACAACAACAAGAACAACUUCAACAAGAACAACAACAAAAACAGGAACAACGAAGCGCACCAACAAUAACGAUAACAACAACAACAACAACAACAACUGCAACUGCAAUAGAGGCUGGCAACGCAUUUCGCAUUUUUGAUGCCGCAUUCAAAUUUGAUAUUAACGUUUUUGAAACGAGCUCAGGAUUCGUUUGGCUUGCAGCAGCAUUCCUUCUCCUACACAAAUGCAACACACAGCAACAAUAACAACUGCAAAAACACCAACAACAACAACAACAACAAGAAACUCUCAAAAAUAUGGUAAAAUUGUAGCGAAUAAUUUUGAAAAAGCAAAGCUUGAGAAUACCCUUGCAUAUUAAUCUAGGAAUAAAUGCUAGAAAUAUCAAUACAAAUCGUUCCUAAAACAUAUAAAAAAAAAACGCUGUCUUUAAUUUGAUUUAAAUAACUUUUAUAAUUUUGCAUGUUUGGACUUUAGUUAUGUAAUGUAUCGCUCUGCAAGGGUAUUUACAGGGUAUCUAUACAAAACAGAAAGGCUUAUAAAAACGAAGAAACACAUUAAAAGCCACAAAACCCCAAAAAUGUAUACAGACGAAAAAAAACAAAA